GUUAAUCAUUGUAUUGCUUCUUUUCGGCUUGUUAAACCAAACAUAUUCCCUUAUGGAUCCGUUUACUUUCUCAUUCCCUUCAUUUGAUUCUAGUAGUUGUGCAAAUGGAAGCAAUUUAAUAUGCAUGGGAUCAGUUACUGUCAGCAAUGGCAGCUUAUGUCUUACCCCUGAUCCUGAACAGAAGCUUGCAGGGAAAUCGCCAUCAUUUAUGGUUGGAAGAGUUCUUUAUAAGCAUCCUGUUCUUGCAUGGCCAGCUUUCUUUUCGACUACAUUUACCAUAUCCAUCUUGCCAGAACCAGAUUCAGUAGGAGGAGAUGGAAUGUCUUUCAUCAUGGCUCAGGAUGAUAGACCUUCACCCCCCGAAAGCUUUGGCUCAUUUAUUGGGAUUCUUGAUCCCUCAACUCAAGGUGGUGCACUUUCUCAGCUUGCAGUAGAGCUAGACACGUACAAGAACGAAGGAGAACCUGAUGCUAAUCAUGUGGCAAUUGACACGACAAGUGUGGUUGUGCCAGUCACUGUGAAGAGCUUAAACAGCACUGGGAUUGACCUAAAGAGUGGCAAAGAAAUCCGGGUCAGGAUUACAUAUGAUGGAUAUAGCAAAAUUGUUUCGAUUGAUUUGGCAUAUGCUGAGAACCCUCUACUGAAUUUCCUGAAUCAUUCCAUUAUAAUGAGAGAUACUGUCCCAAACUAUGUCUAUGUUGGGUUCACAGCCUCCACGGGUACUCUGUCAGAGACUCAUCGUGUUCUUGACUGGAAUUUUACAUCGUAUGAAUUGCCACUGGAUUCGUUAUCAAAAAAUAGUCAAAAAAGGGAUAAAACCAAGAUGUUUGUAAUAAUCAUUGUUCCUAUAUUUGUUGGUUUAUUAGUUGUUGCAGCAAUUGCUUCCCCAUUAGCCCUUCGAGCUAUUCAGAGAAACAAUGAGAGAAAUAUUAGGAAGGAUGAUAUGGAGAAUAUGACAAGAAAUGCUGCAAAUGCUCCUAGAAUAUUUACUUACCGUCAGCUUUCCAAGGCAACACAGCAUUUCAGCAGAGAAAGGCUCUUGGGAAGUGGCGGCUUUGGUAGCGUUUACUUAGGGAUUUUACCAGACCGGACAGCUAUAGCUGUUAAGAAAAUAUCUGCAACUUCAACUCAAGGUGAGAAGGAGUACUUGGCCGAAAUAUGCACAAUUGGUCGCCUAAGACACAAAAACCUAGUGCAGCUCCAAGGUUGGUGCCAUGAGCGCGAUCAACUCCUCCUAGUCUAUGAGUACAUGCCUAAUGGAAGCCUAGACAAAUUCAUUGGUAAAUGCUUCCUGAAUUGGAAAACUCGAUACCAAAUACUUAACGGACUAGCUUCUGUUCUUGUUUAUCUUCAUGAAGAAUGCGGUGUGCCUGUGGUUCAUCGUGAUGUAAAACCUAACAACGUCAUGCUAGACUCUGACUUCAACCCCCAUCUUGGUGACUUUGGGCUAGCUAGAUUGCUCCAAACUGAUUCAUAUGUCACAACAAUGGUCGCAGGAACUCCGGGAUAUUUAGCACCAGAAGUGAGCUUCACUGGUAGGGCUACACCAGAAUCCGACGUUUAUAGUUUUGGAAUGGUGGUGCUGGAAAUUGUUUGUGGUAAGAGAUCUAGAGGUAUAAUGGAAGAGAAUAGCUUGGUUGAUUCUGUAUGGAAUGUGUACGAAAUAGGCGAUCUAUUAAAAUGCGUGGACCCAAAGCUUGAAGGAGAUUAUUGUGAAGAACAAGUAAAGAGGAGUUUAGUUCUUGGACUUGCAUGUUUACAUCCAGAUUUCAUGUUAAGACCAAGAAUGAGGAAGGUUGUGCAGAUUCUAAUGAAUGAAUCUGAGCCACUGAUGAAAUUACCGGAGUCCAGGCCAAGUGCUAUAUGUGUGUCACUCUAUUCUUCCUCCAAUUCAACCACAUGCUUUGGACCAAAUGUUGCUAAUGGAAAUAUAGGAUCCAUGGAGUCAUUGCCAGAUGAGAUGACAGUAGUAUAUGAUGAAUGAGAGCAAUGUGAUCUAUCUUCAUCACUUCGUAAAUAGAUUGUUAAUAACUUAUAACUUUCUCUUCAAUUUUUGUAUAAUGUGGCACUGCAAUAGUUCCAAAACAACAGAUUUCUAUGAUUUUGAUUUCUUUGUAUCGACUGUU